CUCUAAGGCGCAGACAGGUUCAGUCUGCGGCUGUUGAAAACCUCGCUCUUGAGCAGCUCUGGUAUCUUCCCACUUCUCUCUCCCUCAGUGAGGAGCGCAGGAGGGACCACCAGCACGGCUGAAUGAUGAUGUGAGGUGGUCUGGGCAGCCAUUCACGGGUUAACAGGAGCUGGAGGAGAAGACAUCCGAGACAGCACGCGUCGAGCCUGCAGUGGCCCCUGACUGGAGAUACACGCUCCAAAUAGCUGGCGGGAAGCGGUCAGGAGUCCAGCUCCUGCUCUGACAGGGAUUUAUGGACUGUUUUUGGAAUACUUUCCUGUCAGCCGACUGCUAGCGGUGAACACCAAAGCGUGCGUCCUGCUUUCCCUCAGCAGUGAAUCAGCUGAGGCGCAGAAAUUCGAGCUCCUCUCGCUCAACAAUGUGGAGAUAAGGGUCUGAACUGAGGGGAAGUUUGAGGGGGAAAUUAAAACGGGACAACUGCUCGGUUCUCCUGACUGGACCUGGGACGUGUCUGAGCUCAUGCUGGUGUGGAGAGAGGAGCAGAGCAGGGUUCGCUGAGGGAGCGGUAGAUGCUGAUCUGCCCGCUUCACCUGGUCAGAGGUAGCGGAGAAAUUGAUGAGCUCGCUUCUGGAUGCCAAGGCGACGAGCAGCGAGUCGACGGCUCUGAAUCGCUUCCAGACACUGGAUUUCACUCUAAAGGGAGAAGAUGCCCUUCCACCAUGUGACGGCAGGGCUGCUCUAUAAGGGGAACUACCUGAGUCGCUCUCUGUCCGAACGCAGUGAGAGUGACCAGCUUGCAAGCAUCUCUGUGGAGGAACUGGACGAAAUCCGCGAGGCCUUCAGGGUGCUGGAUCGCGAUGGCAACGGCUUCAUCUCCAAGCAGGAGCUUGGAAUGGCCAUGCGCUCCCUAGGGUACAUGCCCAGCGAAGUGGAGCUGGCCAUCAUCAUGCAGAGACUUGACAUGGAUGGAGAUGGACAGGUAGAUUUUGACGAGUUCAUGACAAUACUGGGCCCAAAGCUUCUGUCUUCCGAAACGCGAGAAGGCUUCCUUGGAAAUACAAUAGACAGCAUAUUCUGGCAGUUCGACAUGCAGCGGAUAACAUUGGAGGAGCUCAAGCACAUUCUGUUCCACGCCUUCCGGGACCACCUCACGAUGAAGGACAUCGAAAACAUCAUCAUUAACGAGGAGGAGAGCCUGAAUGAGAAUUCAGGCAACUGCCAGACAGAGUUUGAAGGAGUCCAUCCCAAAAAGAAGAACCGGCAGACGUGUGUGCGCAAGAGCCUGAUCUGCGCUUUCGCCAUGGCCUUCAUCAUCAGCGUCAUGCUCAUCGCAGCCAAUCAGAUGCUGCGCAACGGCAUGGAGUAGCGGAACCACUGUGAGAGGGGGCGGGGGCGGAGCCUGCAUGUGCAUGUCCGUCUGUGACGUCAUUUACUUUUUGCCUACAAAAAAAAAAAAAAAAACUCAAACCUGAGAACAUAUUUGAUCAAAGGAAACCAAACACCUCGGCGAAAGAACAGAGGAGGGUUUUUUCUUCCCCCGCAGUCUUUAUUUAUUGAUUUAUUUAUUUUAUUCCUGUUGUUGUCUUGCGUGACAGCCAGCAGGGGGCUGUGUUUCGCUGAGCCCCCUCCACCUCACUGGCAGGGACUUUAAAGGGCUGACUUUGCUUUACUACCCCCCCCCCCCUUGUGCCACCUCUGUUCCCACGAUGCAAUAACAUACAGGAGUCUGCAAGCGCCUCUCCACCCUGUCGUCUCCAUGGCUCCGAUUUUCAGCAGGGAUCCGCUGAUGAGCUGCUCUCAGGCGCAGGCCUGCCGCCGAAUGGAAGAGCCACCCUAAUUGGACGCUCAUUACAUGCUUAGCAGAGAGGAGCUGCAGCCUCUGCCCCAUAGCCUGGCUGUUGUCUCUAAAUGCUUUUUGGACGUUUCGGGAAGAGGUGUGAUGCCAGGGCAGGAGUGAACUCACUCGUCUUUUACAAAAUCCAUAGCUGUCAGCUUCUGUUCUUCAUUUACAGCGUUUUGCAGACACUUUUUCAAAAACAACUCUUUCAGUUUUCUUUGGAAAGAUCGGUAUGCUGAAGAAAUGUGUGCCAGCUGUGGUCCUGGUGGUCCCAUGCCUUGUACAUUUCCAUGUUUUCCCUGUUUUAACACUGAACAAGCAAGAAGUGGGUGUAUUAGGCCUUGUUCAGACUGACAGCCCAAAUCCGAUUUUCUGGCAUAGCCGGAUUGUAUCCCAAUUUUUGACAGUCUGGACAGCAUAAU